CUUACUUACGAUACAGAAGAAGAUAUUUUUGUCCUUUAAAACCGACAGUGCUUCCAAGUAAUAUUGCAGUAUGAGCAUUCGAGUUCAAAAAUCAACAUUGAUAUUUUGUGCAGUUCUCAUAUGGAUAGUGAACAAAAACGACGCCAAUGUAAGGCAUGAUAUAGCAGAAGAAACUCAGCAUGCUAUCUGCAAUAUUUCCACCAAAGAUGUUCAAACUUCUGCUAAUGCUUCCGUAACUAGGCAACUAAGAGGAGUGUGCACUUCAAAACAAAUGGAUCUACGUUUCAAGGAACUUGAAUCAAAGGUGAUCAGAGAAAUUAAGAUGAUUCAAAGAAUGUUGAGACGAAUACAUGGCUUAAAUAUUAUUGAUACUGAUUAUAUUGAACCAGAUGAUCCAGAUAUUAAUAGCUACUCAACUAGAGCCUGGGAAGAAAGACAAGAAAGUGAUGAUAUUGAAGAAAUAAAGCCUCAUUUCUCAUUGUACAAAACUACCAGUAUGAAUAAUGUAAACGAAGGAAAUGAAGAACCAAUUUUCAUUCUAAACCAACAGCCAAAUGAAAGUGAAAGCUUGAUUGAGUCGAAUUCAGUACAGGAGCCUUUCACAGAUGCAAAUAGAUUAGAACUUCUCAACUGUACUUCACAAAAAGAAGAUAAUAAUAAUAUUUAUUAUUACUUUUGGAAAGUCGAAAAUUUCAACAGACUAAUGAAAAAAACAGACAUAUAUGUGACGAGCCAAUCUUUUAUAGUUCUAGGUCAUGAUCUUAAGAUUCAACUAUUUCCAAAUCAACCCCAGAAGAACUACCUUACAAUUAAAUUGAGAGCUAGCAGUAGUUUUGUGAAAAAACACAAAUUUUCAAUAUUAAAAAGGACCCACAAUGGCAGAAAUAUAAACAGUCCUUUUUUAGGUGCGAAUCCAAAAGCUAGAGACAAAUUUUCUGUAACAUUAAGAUCUAUAAGAAAUUCUGAAUGUCUGAAAGAGGACAACAUUAUUAUUGAAUUGAACAUUUUUCUGUGAAAGUGCUCAUCACUAGACAUUGAAUUGAUGAACUAAUUAUUAGUGAAAUAAUAUAAUUUCAAAUGUAAAUAAAAACGUAAUAAAUUAUUUUAGUAUUAAAAUAUUCUUAGCACAAACUUCCUUAAAUAAAGAAAUUCAUACUCAUAUUUUCAAUAGGUACUACUGGUUUUACUUAGGGAAAAUAUGAACUGAGUGAGAGUCAACAGAAUUCAAACAACAAAUUUAAAACAUAAAAUAAUUUAAUAAAAUCAAAAACAAUAACUUAUCAUUAUUAAAUGGACAUAUUUUUCUUACAAAAUAUUAUGGAAUUUCACUGAUGUUACACAGCUUACAUACAACAAUGGUAGAUUUAAAUUAAACAAGCUUAUUAAAAGAACAUCUGAUAUGCACCAACUACAAUAUUUUUGUGAAAAAUUGUUGCCACAUAAAUUCUGCUGAAUAAUGCAUAAUGAAUAAAGCAAAGCAUAUCACAAAAUAGAGUUGAUCAUUGUAAAUAUAAAAGGCGUUUUUACAACAUUCAAAAGUAUAUUAAUUGAUACCAGCCUUCCUUUCCUGUUCUGUAAAGAGCAUUCCUCAAUUUUAACACCUAAAAUUCUGGCAUGCUCUUAUUUAAUCAAUAUUUCAUAACCGGUGCAUAUCGUGAAGAGAAUACUUGCUCAAUUCAUAGAAAUAUUCUCCAAUCUAAUAUUUUCAACAAACACUCAAUAUUGGUCAGUUAUUAGAUGAAAAAUGUUCAACCACUAAUAAAAAAUUCAAAAGACCUUCCAUGGAACUUCUAGAAAGGAAAAGAGAACACUUAACCUCUCCGCUCAUAUAAUUCCAAAGACAGUGAACCGACUGCUUAAUCCAAAAUCAUAUAUUCACAUUACUUCAAGCUCUUAGAUAUAAUUCAUAUAAACAUGCCAUUAUAUAAGUUGAGAAGAGAAAGAGGCAAAAAAAAAAGAAAGCCAAUUCCAAUCAAUAUUUGACAUGGAUCCACUUUUCAAGUA